UCGCUCGCUCUACAAAGGCGCGGCGCGGCCCGCAGCGGCGACAGCGUCGCGCUGCCCCACACGCACCUACAACACCACCGCAGCGAAAAGCAGCCUCCUUUCCCUUGGCCCUCCCCUCCUUCCUCUCCCCGUUCCCCUCGCGCACACUUCCUCCUCCACCCACCACACCACCACCAGGCCGGCCCCUCCCCUGGCCUUGAUGACUACUGCGCCCAACAUCGAGAUGAUCGCCUCCUCGCUGCGCCACUGCUCCCUCGGCGGCGACGACAGCGAGGGCGUCACCGUCGAGCUCAACUCCGACGUCGCGCUGCCCUACCACUGGGAGCAGUGCCUCGACAUCCGGACGGGGCAAGUGUACUACAUCAACUGGGAGGACGGCACCCGCACGACGGUGGACCCGCGCACGACAUCGUCGGCCUUCUCGCCGACGCCGCACUCCACGUCGUGGGCGUCCCGGCGCACCCGCCGCGCGUCCGCCCAGUCGUCCGGCUACACCUCCGUGUCGUCCGUGGGCGCGGACGUCACCGGCGAGUGGCGGGGCGCCGUCGCCGGCAACGACGGCGGCUACGACAACGACGACGAGGAGGAUGGCGAGGAGGAGAACGAGGACGAGGACGAGGCCGAGAGCAGCAGCACCACGAGCAGCAGCUCCAGCAGCACGGGCUGCAGCCGGGGCUCGGCCGUCUCGUCCACGCUCUCGUCCUUCUCCCCCACCGACGAGUCCGGCUCCGGCGACAACGGCGCCGGCCUCGGCGCCGGCCACGUGCUCGUGGCCGCCGGGUGCCGCGCCUGCUUCAUGUACUUCAUGGUGCCCAAGCGCGCCGACGUGUGCCCCAAGUGCGGCAGCUCCGGCCUCCUCCACCUCAGCCGCAACGGUUCCUCCUGAGGUCGAUGGAGCCGGCCAGCUCGCCGCCGCCCCUAGUUUGCUAAUUGUAGGGGGACCUCUUCGCAAUCGUUCAAGCUCUGUUGCUUAGGCCUUGGUAGAUCUUCCAUAAGACUAGUUUUUUCUUGCGGAGAGGUCCCCAAAUCCAAUCUUAAUUUGCCAUUGAUUCCUGCUACAUUGUACGCCAAUUGCCAAUGUAUGGGAGAAGAGAACAACUUUUUUCUAUAAUUCUUUUUUAAAAUUUCUUCUUCCCAUUUUUCGCUGCUGUAUUUUCCCUGGAUGUCACUGUUUUCCUACCCUCUUCACCUCUGCUUCUGAAAUUUCUUCAACAAGGUAGAGAGAGACUAACCCUUCUUCUUCAUCUUCAUUUGAUCUGUUCUUCAUUUACCCUCUUCAACAAGGGAAUGAAUGACCAUUUAUGUA